AUGAAAGAAUCCGGAAAGUACAGUUAUAACACGGGGUCGGUGCCGACAUUUCACGAUGCAGAUUACACGGUGUUCGCCUGCACUCUGGCCAUCUCCGCGUUUAUCGGAAUCUUUUAUGCGAUCAAAGACCGGAAGAAGCAGACGACAGACGAAUACUUGCUCGCCGGCCGCUCCAUGCAUCCAAUUCCGGUUGCCAUGUCGCUCCUCUCUAGUUUUAUUCCCGCGAUCACGAUUCUCGGAACGCCGGCGGAAGUGUAUGUGUACAGCACGAUGUACUGGUGGAUUUCCGUCGCCAUGGUGAUAACGGCACUGGGGGCUGGCCAAAUCUUCAUUCCGAUUUUCUACAAACUUGGGAUUACCAGCGUAUUUCAGGACAUAGACAAACGAUUCGGACGGCCUACCCGGGUGCUCGCCAGUAUCAUAUACCUUCUGCGGAUGGUGUUGUACAUGGCCAUUGUCUUGUAUGCGCCGUCGCUAGCCCUGAACGCAGUAACUGGGUUGCAUUUAUGGGGAUCCGUGAUAGCGGUCGGUGCCGUCUGUACCUUGUAUACUGCUAUUGGCGGCAUGAAGGCGGUAUUGUGGGCGGACACGGUGCAGAUGGUUAUCGUGUUUUCCGGACUUAUCACUCUGGUCGCCGUUGGCUCUAACCUGCUCGGCGGAAUGGGCGAGGUCUGGAGAAUCGCCAACAGCCAUGGCCGCAUCGUACUUCUAGAGUUUGACCCUGACCCCAGGAUGCGACACUCUGUGUGGACUGUGUUGUUUGGCGGUUCCGUGCACUGGUGCUGCGUGUUUGGGACCAACCAGGCCCAGGUCCAGCGAGCAAUGUCCGUGAAGUCACUGACCGGAGCAAAGUGUUCUAUCUGGCUGAAUGUUCCCGGUAUGGCGUUCAUUAUUACUCUCAGCGUCAUUGCCGGUCUUGUCAUGUUCUUCUAUGCAAGCGCCAGAUGUGACCCCGUACAAUUUGGGAUCAUAUCCAAGCCUGAUCAGCUGGUUCCCUUGUACAUGAUGGACAUCCUGAACCAGUACCACGGACUGCCGGGACUUAUGCUCUCUUGUAUAUUCAGCGGAAGUCUCAGUACGAUCUCGUCCGGUCUGAACGCCGUUGCCGCGGUGAUACUCGAGGACUUCGUGCGUCCCAUGCGCUGCAAGGCCAUUACUCCGGCACGGGCUACUUUCCUCUCCAAAGUAUUCGUGAUCCUGUUUGGACUACUGUGUCUGACGUUUGCCUUCCUUGCAUCAUUUCUGGGCACGUCGUUGCAGUUGACCGGGGCGUUAUUCGGAAUUAUGGGAGGACCAUUGCUGGGGUUAUUUUGCCUGGGAAUGUUGUUUCCUUGGGCAAACAAAUGGUUAUUAUGA